AUGGCGCAAGAAGGUGCCGUUUACAAGUCUCCCUCGAGAUCUCCAACAAGAUUCCACACCGCCGGUCCGCCAGCUGCCAUAGAAGAACAAGCUAUCAACAAUCAGACAGCGCCUGGCCCUGACGUCGAGGCUGCUGACCCGGUGGAGGAUGUAGGCUAUGAUGCAAGCUAUUCUACUGACGAUAGCUCGACUCGGUCGACCUCAUUGUCAUCCAGCGUCCGCGACUACAACUUCGAGAACAAACGGCGGUACCACAAGUUCAAAGAAGGCCGCUACCUGUUCCCCAACGACGAUCUUGAGCAGGAGCGCGAGGACAUGAAACAUGCCAUGAUUCUCCACCUAUGUGGUGGGACACUUCAUAAUGCGCCGCUGAAGAAUCCCCAGAAGAUCCUCGACAUUGGGACUGGUAUCGGUAUUUGGGCUAUCGAUAUUGGUUCGAUCGACUACAUUCAUCUUCGACACAUGGCACCAGCUAUUAAGAAUUGGCCCAAGCUAUCAAAGGAGGCCCAUAGGGUCCUUAAGCCAGGAGGCUGGAUCGAGCUUCGGGACAUGAAGUGGACAUUCGACUGCGAUGACCGAAGCAUGCCUUCUGAUUGUACGCUUCCUAAGUUCACCAGCCUCGUUAGAGAGGGUCUAGAGAAAUUCGGGGUUGAACUCUUCGCAGCUGAUCACCAUAUUGAACGCUUGGAGGCUGCGGGCUAUGUCAAUCAGGUCAACGACACGAAGAAGCUCCCUGUUGGUCCGUGGGCCAAGGAAAAUGACCUGAAGAUCAUUGGCCGCUACAGCCAGGCGGCUGUUUAUGAUGGCUUACACGCGAAUACCAUUGCACCUCUUACAAGAGGUCUUGGCUGGUCAUCCACUGAGGUCGAGAUCUUCUUAGUAUAG